AUGACCAUCAGCCUCCAAGCCCCGCCCUAUAUGACCAUCAGCCUCCAAGACCCACCCAAUAUAACCAUCAACCUCCAAGCCUCACCCUAUGUAAUCAUCAACCUCCAAGCCCGGCCCUACAUAACCAUCAGCCUCCAAGCCCCACCCUAUAUGACCAUCAGUCUCCAAGCCCCACCCUACAUAACCAUCAGCCUCCAAGCCUCACCCUAUGUAAUCAUCAACCUCCAAGCCCCGCCCUACAUAACCAUCAGCCUCCAAGCCCCACCCUAUAUGACCAUCAGCCUCCAAGCCCCGCCCUACAUAACCAUCAGCCUCCAAGCCCCACCCUAUAUGACCAUCAGCCUCCAAGCCCCACCCUAUAUGACCAUCAGCCUCCAAGCCCCACCCUACAUAACCAUCAACCUCCAAGCCCCACCCUAUAUAACCGUCAGCCUCCAAGCCCCACCCUACAUAACCAUCAGCCUCCAAGCCCCACCCUAUAUAACCGUCAGCCUUCAAGCCUCACCCUAUGUAAUCAUCAGCCUCCAAGCCCCACCCUAUAUAACCGUCAGCCUUCAAGCCUCACCCUAUAUAACCAUCAACUUUCAAGCCCCACCCAUAACCAUCAGCCUCGGAGCCCCGCCCUACAUAUCCAUCAGCCUCCAAGCCCCGCCCUACAUAUCCAUCAGCCUCCAAGCCCUGCCCUAUAUAACCAUCAACCUUCAAGCCCCACCCAUAACCAUCAGCCUCCAAGCCACAAGUUUCAGCAAGCUUCAGCAAGCUAAAAGUAAACUUCUGCGUUUGUGUUCAUCAGCCACAAGUUUAGCAAGCUUCAGCAAGCUCAAAGUAAAAUUCUGCGUUUGCGUUGAUCAGCCUCAAGUUUCAGCAAGCUUCAGCAAGCUCCAGCAAGCUCAAAGUAAAAUUCUGCGUUUGCGUUGA